AUGUUCGCUUCUCGACUCGCUCCUUCCCUUCGAGCUCUCCCUCGACAAGCUUCGGCCGUUCGAAUGGCCCGAAGAGGUUACGCUGAAGCUGCUGAUGGAAAAUUACAAUUGAGCUUGGUAUUACCCCAUCAAUCCCUUUACUCUUCUGCUGGUGUCAUCCAAGUAAACUUACCCGCUGCUACCGGUGACAUGGGUAUCCUCGCCAACCACGUACCCUCAGUUGAAGCACUCCGAGCUGGUGUCGUCGAGGUCAUUGAGGAGAAUGGACAAGCUGGAAAGAAAUGGUUUGUUUCCUCCGGUUUCGCUACUGUUCACGGAAACAACACCCUUACCAUCAACGCUGUUGAAGCUUACCAACUCGACAAAUUCUCCCCAGAGAACAUCCGAUCAGCUCUCGCUGACGCUAACCGAGUCCUCUCAUCUUCCGCUCCUGAAUCCGAAAAAGCCGAAGCUAGAAUCGAAGUUGAAGUAUUUGAAGGUCUUCAAGCUGCCCUCAACAAGUAA